AUGAACAAGUUAUCAUUUUCUUUUUAUCUCUUUAUAGCUAUUUUAUUUAUUGCCAACAGUUGUAGUGUUUUGGCUAAUCACGAUGAUAGUUCAGAUUACCCAGAUACCAGUCCAUGUUGUCAUGGUGAUCUAAAUAAUUCAACUGGGGAUUAUUCCUGUGUUGGUUCAACAUAUAGAAUUUUAUCUUUUCUUAUUAUUCUUUUCUAUUAUAAUUCUUUUUUAGCAACCACAUUCUGGAAGAGAGCUAGUUGUGAUGGGGGUAAUUACCUCUCCAAUGCUACCGGAGUUUUUAUUUGCUCUGUAACUUGUGACUAUACAGGAACUUAUGCAGGUGCUAUGAUUAUCGAAGCUGUCAUCAUUCAACUUUCAAUCAUUGCCUUCCUUGUCAUUGUCAUCACUGUUGGUUGCUGCUUUUUCUGUCACAAGAGAAAGAUAGCAAAGAGAAACUCUCAUAUCAAUUCUCAUGAAGAAAAGACCCUUUUACAUUAUUAA